AUGCGGAAUUUCUGGCUGGCUGCAGCUGCGAUUGUACAGUCUGUUGUCGCCGUCAAUGUUACUGUUGAUCUUGGCUAUGCGCGAUAUCGUGGGAAAACGAUUGAGAAUGGCAUUACACGAUGGGCGGGCAUGCGCUAUGCCCGGCCGGUGUCUCGAGUCAAUGGUCGACGGUUUACCGCACCAGAAGAGCCCGAGUACGAGCGAAACGUGACAGACGCCACCAAGUUUGGAUCGCUCUGCAUUGGUACUGAAACUGAACUAACCGCUGAAUUUGGCGGCAACUACUCGGAGGAUUGCCUCUUCAUCAAUGUGUUUGCGCCAUCAAAGGCAAAAAAUGACAGCAAUCUGCCUGUCUACGUCUUCAUCCAGGGCGGUGGCUUCAAUGUCAACGGCAAUGCUGAUUACAACGGCGCAGACUUGAUCGAUGCUGGUGAUGAUGGCAUCGUCGUGGUCAAUUUCAACUAUCGCGUAGGACCUUAUGGAUUUCUUGCUGGCAAGGAACUCGCCGAAAACAAGACGCUCAGUUUGAACAACGGACUCAAGGAUCAGAGACUUGCCCUGCAGUGGAUUCAGAAACAUAUCAAGAAGUUUGGAGGCGACCCAAACCAUGUCACCCUCGGUGGAGCCAGCGCCGGUGGCGGCUCAGUCGUCCUUCAACUCACAGCGUACGGUGGCCGCGAUGACAAGCUCUUUCAUGCCGCCGCUGCCGAAUCUGCCGCUUUCCCACCUCUUCGCAAUGUCGAGGACAGUCAGUGGCAGUACGAAGCUUUGCUGAAAGAGGCGGGCUGCAAAGACCUUGAAUGUCUUACGAACAUGGAUGCAGUGAAAUUUCAGGCAGCCGUACAAUCUCUGAGGAUGCCCUUCCCCGGCGCAAGCAACGCCCCAAUCUUUUUCUGGAACCCGACUCUAGAUUAUGACUUUGUUCAGGACUAUACCUACAACGAGCUCCGCAACGGCCAUUUCAUCAGGGUGCCCACAAUCUUUGGCGACUCCACAAACGAAGGCACCAUCUUUACUCCAAGAAACGUCACCUCGCUUCCCCGCGCCCAACAAUUCAUCAUUGACCAAUUCCCCGGCGCCUCGUGGAGUGAAAUUGCGAAAGUCUGGAAAGGCCCUAUAGACAUCAGGCGAGACCCUCGCUGGCGAACCCUGGCAGCAGAUGUCUACGGCCAUAUUCGCUACACCUGUCCCAACCUCAACAUGUCUGACAUCUUCGCCAGGGAUAACUCGCAUCCCACAUGGCAAUACCGAUGGAAUGUCGGUACAGCCACUCACGUGGGCGAAUUGCUCCCCAUCUGGAACAAUGCCACAUCUGCCGCUGGUGUCUUUGCCCAAGCCUAUUGGGCGUCUUUCAUCCGCAGCUACGACCCAAAUAAGCAUGCGACUGAGUAUCUCCUGGCCAAGGGCCAAGGAAUGGAGAGCCCCUUGUGGGAGGACUUUGGAACGUUUAGGCAGAGAAUGACAUUCAGCGACGACAACGUUGUGCGGAUGCAAAUUUUACCUGAUGAAGAGGUGAAGCAAUGCCAUGCCAUUGACAAUAUGGGAUUACAUUUGAAACAGGUCACUAGCUCGAAUUCUACCAUCACAUCAGCCGGCGUGCGCAAGGAUUCCCUUGCUUCGAACUACAUUGCGGCUGGCGCUGUGCUAUUGGGCAUAUUCCAAUGGGUGUUUGCUUGA